GAAACAAUAUAUACAGAAAUGAGUUAACUCCGAGUCUUUUACAGUGUGCCACAAUGUGUGCUGUUGAUGACGGUAUUUGUAGCAGAUUUUUAUAUAAAGACAUGCAGUGCAUGUUACACACGGACGAACCUGCCAUAUCGUCGACAAAUAUUCAGACUACCGACAACUGGAGUUUGUUUUUCACCAAACAUAAAGAAUGUGACCUACUUGGAUAUGAUUAUGAUAUUUAUUCUAGAACCUGCUUAAAGUUUAAUUCCACACAGCUAACUUGGUAUGAUGCAAGACAACAAUGUAUUGGUGAAGGCGGAGAUCUUAUAACGGUAGAUACUGUAGGAAAAUUGAAUUUUCACAACACAAGUUUAAAUAAUUGUUCCACGUCGCAGUUUUAUUGGAUCGGACUGAUCAACGGAAUAUGGACGUCAGGAGAGUUAUUUCAGGAUAUCUAUGGUCUGGGACCUACCGAUAUCCGUAUUAACCCGAGUUUUCCUGGAAUCUGUGGCAGACUCAGGUUCUCCCCAGGGACUGCUAAUUUGAUGUAUGAUACAAACUGUGAUUACGUAAAAGAAUUUGUGUGUGAGCUUAACAUUUCCGUUUGA